AUGAGUCGAUUGAACCUACGGAAGUUACCUCGGAUAAGCUACUACGAGCCGGAAGAACCUAGCUUCGACGAAUAUUUAUUUUGUCACGAAUGCCGCGACUAUGUCUACGAAUAUUGUUCCAUACACGGACCUCUGCUGGUGGUUCCGGACGCCAAGGCCCCUUUGAAAUCUCCGCUCCCCGCUCACGUACCCCGCGCCGCCCUAACCGUACCCAGCGUGUUCCUGCACAUCGCCCCUUCGAGCAUACCAGGUUUGGCCAAAGAAUGCUUCGCUUGCCCGAUCGAACCUGGUGCCGGCAUAGGAGUGUUUUCGUCCCUGACGCUCCCCGCCGGCGUCCGUUUUGGGCCUUACCGCGGAAAAAUUACCAAAGACAUCGACUCGGUGUAUUGUUGGCAGAUUUACGAUAAAAACAACAAACCUGCGCACGUGGUGGAUGCGGCAGACGAUGGCCGUUCGAACUGGAUGCGAUACGUAAAUUGCUCAAGGCACUGGAGCGAGCAAAACCUACUCGCGUACCAGUACAAAGGGCAGCUGUACUACAGGUCGGAUGAUAGUAAAAUUUAUGACUUUACC